AUGGCCUCGCACCAGCUGCUGGUGACCCCCCCAGAGGCCCUGCUCAAGCCCCUGUCGGUGCCCAGCCGGCUCCUGCUGGGGCCCGGCCCCUCCAACCUGGCUCCACGCGUCCUGGCGGCCGGGGGAAUGCAGAUGAUCGGCCACAUGCACAAGGAGAUGUACCAGAUAAUGGAUGAGAUCAAGCAAGGCAUCCAGUACGUGUUCCAGACCAGGAACCGCCUCACGCUGGCCAUCAGCGGCUCGGGGCACUGUGCCCUGGAGGCUGCCCUGUUCAACCUCCUGGAGCCUGGGGACUCCUUCCUGGUUGGGGUCAACGGCAUUUGGGGACAGCGGGCAGCCGAGAUCGGGGAGCGCAUAGGAGCCCGCACACACCCGAUGAUCAAGGACCCUGGAGGCCACUACACAAAGCAGGAGGUGGAGGAGGGCCUGGCCCAGCACAAGCCGGUGCUGCUGUUCCUGACCCAGGGGGAGUCCUCCAGCGGUGUGCUGCAGCCCCUUGAUGGCUAUGGGGAGCUCUGCCACAGAUACCAGUGCCUGCUCCUGGUGGACACUGUGGCAUCCCUGGGCGGGGUCCCAAUCCACAUGGAUCAGCAAGGCAUCGACGUCUUGUACUCAGGUUCCCAGAAGGUCCUGAAUGCCCCUCCGGGCACCGCACUCAUCUCCUUCAGUGACAAGGCCAAAAAUAAGAUCUACACCCGGAAGACGAAGCCCUACUCCUUCUACCUGGAUAUGAAGUGGCUGGCCAACUUCUGGGGCUGUGACGACAAGCCCAGGAUGUACCACCACACGACCCCCGUCAUAAGCUUGUUCAGCCUGAGAGAGAGCCUGGCCCUCAUCGCAGAAGAGGGCCUGGAGAACAGCUGGCGACGGCACCGGGACGUCACCGCUUACCUGCACGGGCGCCUUCAAGGGCUGGGCCUGCAGCUCUUCGUGAAGGAUCCCGCGCUCCGGCUGCCCACCGUCACCACAAUCGCCGUGCCUGCUGGCUAUGACUGGAGAGACAUCGUCAAGUACCUCAUGGAUCACUUCUCCAUCGAAAUCACGGGCGGCCUUGGGCCCUCCUUGGGGAAGGUGCUGCGGAUCGGCCUCCUGGGCUACAACGCCACCCGGGAGAAUGUGGACCGAGUGAUUGAGGCCCUGCAGGCGGCCCUGCAGCACUGCCCCCGGAACAAGCUAUGA